UUCGCAUUUGGCUGAGAGGUGAGGCCGUGUAAGGAUAAAGAGCAUUGGCAGCAGGUGGACAGCCUGUGAAAAGAAGGCAAAAGAGGCGGGAAGACAAAGAAAACCUCAGGGACAUAUUGAAUUGACUGUUGCCGUCACAAGGAUGAGCUUCCGACUCUUUUUCCUGGUUUUAGCGGUGCCAUUUGUUUGCCAAGCACAAAACAUAACAGAUGCACAGGAGAACAUGACCACAGAAGCUUCAACCACUUUGGCGCCUGCUGGCACGAACACAACAGCGCUGCUGACGCCGUCCCCUCACAAUCACACGUCGUCAAACCAAACGGCCCAAACGCAAGAAGACGGAGGAGAAAGCGUAACAAUAAGCAACGACCAGAGGACCACUACGGUGGAAGACGUCACUGGGGCUUCUGAGAUGGUGCCAAGCAGCACAACAGAGUCGGCAUCGGCUAAGGGCACGCAGUCUUCAACAUGGGGUUACAUCCUGCUGGUACUGCUGCUACUGGUCAUCCUCAUCCUGCUGGUCAUCCUAUACCUGCUGAGGAGGGCGUCCCGGAGGUACUCGUUUGACCUCCGUCGUGCGGCUCCUGUCAGAAACACAGAAGACCCGGCUGGCACAUUUGAGGCCAUAUGCUUGGAUGAGGAAGACCAACUGACCCCGAAAGACGGAGCAACCCCGGGUGACCUAUCUGUGUUCCCGACUGCUAACGGCUUGGCGCCCCAAUCACAAGAGAAUGCUCAGGAGGAAGACGCCAACGUAAACCACUUGAAGGACAUCGGAGACUCAAAUUGGACGAUUCCAGAUCACCAGGUUGAGACACCAGACAGCCUUGCGCUGCGUCUAAACAACUCUGACAAAGACAACGCGAGUCCAUAUGCUUCCACUGACUUGUUAGAUGGAAUGGAACUAAACGAGUUGUUGCCGUUCAACCAGAUCAUCACUUCUCCAGAAUCUUCUUCCUCCUCUUCCUACUGAUGUGAGCGAUGUGGAGGCCUUUCGUCCUCCUUUCCUCUCUUGUGGUCUAAGAGUGUUUUUUUUAAAGUAGGGGUGUAGAAGUAUUUGUAAUCAGAUUUUUCAGGAAGCAACAUUGGGUAUACAUAUAGUACAGAAGUGUUAAAGUGGGGGUGUAAGUGGGGAUAUUGAACUGUGGCCCAACAUACAGGGGGUCUCCUGAACUAUUUUUUUUAGCAAUUUAGAUUUGUAAGUUUAAAAAAGGUGUCAUAAAAAUUAGUAUGGAAUAGGAUUGUCCCGAUACCAAUAUUUUGGUACUGGUACUGAAAUGUAUU